GAGGGCGGCCGCCGGAGGGUCCCCGGAGCCCGGCCCGCCGGCCCUGCUGCUGCUGCUGCUGCUGAUCCUGGCCGCGCAGUUCAGACCCGCAGUUCCCUGUGUCUCUGGUGGUUUGCCUGAACCUACAAAUAUUACCUUCUUAUCCAUAAACAUGAAGAACAUCCUACAAUGGAGUCCCCCACAGGGCCUGCAAGGAGCUGAAGUUAUUUAUACCGUGCAGUACUUCAUAUAUGGGCAAAAGAAAUGGAUGAAUAAAUCUGAAUGUAGAAACAUUAAUGAGACCUACUGUGAUCUCUCUGCUGAAACUUCUGACUAUGAGCACCAAUAUUAUGCCAGAGUUAAAGCCAUUUGGGGAACAAAUUGUUCCAAAUGGGCAGAAACAGCACGAUUCUAUCCUUUUUUACAAACACAAAUUGGCCCGCCAGAAGUGGCUUUGACUACUGAUGAGAAAUCCAUCUCUAUUGUCCUGAAGGCUCCAGAGAAAUGGAAGAAAAAUCCAGAAGAAAGUUCUAUAUCCAUGCAACAAAUAUAUUCUAAUCUGAAGUACAAUGUGUCUGUGUAUAACACUAAAUCUAAUAGAACGUGGUCCCAGUGUGUAACCAACCACACGCUGGUUCUCAGCUGGCUGGAGCCGGACACCCUGUACUGCAUCCAUGUGGAGUCCUACAUCCCAGGGCCUCCUCGCCUUGCUCAGCCUUCCGAGAGGCAGUGCGUCAAUACUUUGAAAGAUCAAACUUCAACAUUAAAGAUUAAAAUCAUCUUCUGGUAUAUUUUGCCCACAUCUAUUACUGUGUUCGUUUUUUGUGUGAUGGGCUACUCCAUGUACAGAUACAUCCAUGUUGGCAAAGAAAAACACCCAGCAAAUUUGAUUUUGAUUUAUGGAAAUGAAUUUGACAAAAGAUUCUUUGUGCCUGCUGAAAAAAUUGUGAUUAACUUUAUCACCCUCAGUAUUUUGGAGGAUUCUAAAACUCCUCAUAAAGAGACAAGUAUAAUGGACAACAGUGAUGAUGGAUGGAACUUGAGCAACGCUGAACCCGGGGGGCAUCAGGAGCCCCAUGUGGAGGAGAUGGAAGUGAAGCACUUAGGGUAUGCUUCACACUUGGUGGACAUUUUUGGUGACUCUGAGGAAAACACCAACAGUGUUUCCCUAACCCAGCAAGAGUCACUCAGCAGAGCAAUAGCCACAGACAGAACUGCCAUUGAAUAUGAAUAUGAUAUUAGAACUAUUGACCUUUGUAUGGGGUUGAAAGAUCAAGAGCUCAGUUUGCUGGAGGAAAUGUCUGGACAAGGAAAAUUAUUUGAGCAACAGGCAGCUUUGGUGGACUGGGGCCCACAGACACUACUGUGCUCAUACACCCCUCAACUCAGAGAUUUAGACCACCAUCUGUCACAGGAGUGCAUGGACACCACAGAGAGCACCCAAGAAGAGCCACUGACCACACUGGUUGAUUGGGACCCUCAGACUGGCAGGCUGUGUAUACCUUCCUUACCUAACCUUGAACACGAUGCAGAGGGAUGUGAGGGUCCUGGAUACUCGGGGCUCAAAGAGGAGGGCCUUUUGUCUACAUUCUAUGAGGAGCAGGCUAAGGACCAGCCACCGGAUGAAAAUGCAACCUAUCUCAUGCAAUUUAUGGAGGAAUGGGGGCUAUCAGUACAAAUGGAAGUCUAAAGCCCAAACUUCCCAUGCCAGCCCCUGCUAUGACAAGGUCUGUGAGUGCAAAAUUAUGAAUGAGAAUGAUAAAAGACCUGGAAUAGAAGAUGUUCACUCAGGUUUUUUCAGUGUCAGUGGGAAUUACUCAUUCUUGCCUCUAUUCCGAUUGCACUUGCUUAUGCUGCCUUGUAUGGAUGAUUGGUUCACGUGUGUGGGCCUCAGCAAUGCUGACAGGCACCUGGAGUAUGGGGCUGACUCACUGCUUUGUACCCACUAAGCUUGCAAUAAAUUUUGACUGGGAUGCAGAAUUUGUCCAGGCGGAAGUACUGUUUAUGGCCUCUUGUUUAUUAUUUUCUAACUAGCACAUUUCUAGAAAUAUAUUCUGUGCACUUACCAUAUUCAUC